AUGUCGACCUUCCCCUACCAAAACCCUAACCCUAGAACCCAAAAUCCGAUCCCUAGAAACCCUAAUCCCUCCAUAGCCUUCAACACCUCUGUUCAGCCCUCAUCCCCGGUUCCAGUCUUCUACUUUGAGAACUACCCAGAAGAAUGGACUUAUUACCAUCUACAACAGGCUUUUUUGAAGUUUGGAGUUUCAGGAAGAGUAACCCUAGCCAGGAAGAAGAACGUUCGGAAUUGCAGAUUUGGUUUCUUCAGACCUAAUCCUGAGGAAAAUUUAAAUACUGUUCGUUCUCGUCUUAAUAACGUCAGUAUAGGUUACUAUAGGAUUCGAGCUUACCCAGCUAGAUAUCCAACAAGUCAGAGAGAUUCUUUUCCUGUAAAAGGGUCGAAGAAUAUUGUAAGCAACAGGCCAGCAAUCCAGAAGCAAUUUUCUCCUUCGAUUCGAGAUGACAGAUCCUACGCUCAGGUUGUGGAUCCAAUGUCUUUUUCACCGUCAGAAGACUCUAUCGCGGACUUGUCCAAUUCUCUUAUCGUCAAGGUUAAAGAAUUUGCAAUGAUUCUCCGAGUCUCUUCUUAUUUGGAGGGUAAAGGGAUUGAGUUUGAGAGUCUUUCUCUCUUGGGUAAAGAUGAGAUUCUGCUAAAAUUUAAAUCCAUAGCUGCUCGAUUGAUUUUCGAAUCAAUUACUUUCCCAUCUCUUAAGGAUUUUUUUGUUUCUUUUGUUCACUGUGGAGAGACAUCGAUGAGCAAAGGCAGAUACGUAUGGUUGAAUAUCGUAGGUCUUCCAAUCUGUGCAUGGGAGGAAGCUUUAUUCAUGCAAAUUGGAAAUCACUUUGGAGAUGCAAUUUCAGUGCAUCCUAUGGUUUUAUCGAAGGAAAGGUUAGAUACGGGAUCCGUUCUGAUAAGCACCUCUACUCCCCAUAUCCAAGACUCGGUGGGUAUCAAGAUUAGAGGAAGGACGUAUACUGUUCAUAUUUCAGAAUCUGAUAUCCCUAUUUCGCUGCUGGAGGACGAUAUUUCAGAUUCAGCUUCGUUGUCUUCUAAAGACUCUUUGGAGAGUGUUAGAUCCUUUUCUGACCAAGAUUUCACUCGCAAUGCUCAGAACCCCAACCCCACAUCAGUCUUAGCGCAGGGCUUUGAUGAUUGCUCAGCUCCUGCCUUCGAAACGUCCAUUAAUAGAGUUGCUUCUGCAGAUAAUGUUUCUGCUGCUAAACUGCCAGGCAUUGAGGUUACGCCUCUAACUGAUUCAAGGUCAGAGAAGCGUUUAUCUUCGGGUCCUACUCCGGUUGACUUCAAUGGAUUUAUUACCCAAAAGCGCAAGUCUAAACGUCUUGAUGACAAAGGAAACAUUGUUUCCACGUCAAAAUCGAAUGGUGGCUCAGAUUCAUCCUUCUCGGAUGGCUUUAUUAGACACAGUAACAAAAGAAUUGUAGCCGAGGAUAAUAAAGCUAUAGUUGAAUUGGAGGCGAGGAAAUCAUGGAAUUUGGGAUUGCAGCUAGGACUUUUUUCAGAAGCUAAUGAACAGGGCAUUGUUGAACUUUUAUCACAAGCAAUUGCUGUGGAACCUAGGCUUCUGUGGCCUAAUUUAGAUUUUGAUUACAGAUUUGUUCCGUCAGUGGGUGCUUCAGGUACUGCUAUCAGAUUUAUUUUGUGCUAUGCUAGUAAUUGCCCCAUGCAUCGAGCCACGCUUUGGCAUGAGUUGCUUCCAGAAUUGAAUACUGACUUGUUUUGUAUCUUGGUUGGCGACUUCAACGAGAUUCUUGACCCCUCCGAGCGUCAUAAUUGCAGCAGCUUUUCUUCCUCCAUGCUUGCUUUUUCGGAGUUUAUUUCAGCUUCUUCUUUGGUUGAAUCAUGUUUACACGGAAGGUUUUAUACCUGGCACAAUAGUAUCUCGUGUUCUAAGAUUGAUAGGUGUUUCUUAUCACCUCGGGUUUUUUCACUAUGGCCGAACUCUGAUCUAAAGGCAUUGCCGAGAUGCUAUUCGGAUCAUGUUCCUCUUUUAUUUAACUCUGAUGCUCCUAUUAACUGGGGACCGAAGCCAUUUAAAUCAAUCAAUGCGUGGUGGAGCCACAAGGACUUUAGUCCUUUUAUAGCAGAAUCGUGGGCGAACAUUAGUAGGAGACUGCCGUCUUCUAACCUGGUUAUUAAGCUCAGGGAGCUUAGAUCAGUGAUCAAAACUUGGAAUCGAGAAAUUUUUGGAGACAUGAAUUCGAAAUUGCUUGAUACUCAAUUGAAGAUCUCUGAAUUAGAAUCUUCGGCUGACUUUCAAGAUUUGAAUGAUGAGGAUGGUGCUCGGCUUUCAACUCUUUACUCGGAGUUUCACCUUAUUUCGAAGAAUCUUGAUUCUUUGUGGCAUCAGAAAUCAAGACUAAAUUGGCAUUCCCAUGGAGACAAGAAUUCAAAAUAUUUUCAUGCAAUGGCUUCCAAGCAUUCGAACAGUAAUGCUAUUUCAGAAGUGUUGAUAGAUGAGACUUGCUAUAAUUCUGCUCCUGCCAUUAAACAUCAGGUUUAUUCGUUCUACAGGCAGCUUUUUAGUCGUUCGGCAGAGAUUUCUUAUUCCUUGGCUUCUCUUCCAAUUCGGCAACUCCUGCACUCUCAAGCGGCUGCUUUGUCUAUUCCUUUUUCAGAAGAAGAGAUUUAUGCCACUCUUUUGGGUUGUGAUGAUAACAAAGCUCCGGGACCGGACGGUUUUAAUUACUUCUUUUAUAAGAAGGCUUGGAAGUCAAUUAAAGGAGAUUUGAUCUCCUUAUUUCAGCAGUUUUAUACGUUUGCAAAUUUUCCCGUUGGCUUGAAUACUGCCUUCCUUGUGUUGAUUCCGAAGUUUAGAGGUGCUUCUGACAUUAAGGAUUUCAGACCUAUCAGUUUGAUUAAUGGGGUCUUCAAACUCAUUUCUAAGGUCCUUGCUAAUAGAUUAUCCACUAUUCUCCCUAUGGUUAUUUCUGCAAACCAGUUCGGCUUUAUCAAAGGGAGAAGCAUCCACGACUGCCAUAUGAUUGCAACGGAAAUUAUUCAUCUUAUUAAGAAGCGGAGGGAGAAAGCUUUUCUUAUUAAGUUAGAUUUUCGGAAGGCUUUUGAUACCAUCUCAUGGCAGUUCAUUAUUCAAACUCUUCGCCGAAUGAAUUUCGAUAGUAAAUGGAUUUCCUGGAUUACAUCUUUUUUUGACUCAGCACAGCUCUCAGUUCUUCUUAAUGGCUGUCCGACAGAAAAUUUUUUUAUGGGUAGAGGGGUCCGUCAGGGAGACCCUAUCUCUCCUAUGCUUUUUGUUCUGGCAGUUGAAAAUUUGCGCGCUAUUUUCUCAAAAGCUUUCAACUUGGGCCUUUUAUCGGGGAUUCAUAUUGAUGGAAUUCAGGAACCGGUCUCUAUUUUACAAUUCGCAGACGACACUCUUCUUUUUGUUCCUAAUGAUUUGAACAUGAUUUCGAACCUUCUGCGUAUCUUGAGGUGUUUUGAACUAAUAUCGGGCCUUAAAAUUAAUUACCAACAAUCUUCGAUUAUUGGUAUUAAUGUUGAUCAUCUUUCCCUUUCUAGAGCGUCUGAGAUUCUGAUGUGCAGAAUUGAAGAAUUACCCAUUACAUACCUUGGGAUGCCGUUAUCUGAGAGGGCAAUCGGAGCAAAAUCUUGGGAUCCUGUUGUUUCGAAUUUUUCAUCUAAACUAUCUACUUGGCGAGGUAAUUUAUUAUCACCUGCAGGUAGACUUGUCCUCGUCAAGUCUGUGCUUUCUAGUCUUCCUGUGUAUUAUUUUAGCUCUCUCCGUAUUCCUCAAUCUGUGGUGAUACAUCUUGAAAGAAUUAUGCGUCGAUUCUUGUGGAAUGGGAGGACGGAUAUGCAAGGUUUUAGCAAAGUAGCUUGGGUCGAUGUAUGUGUUCCAACUUCUUUGGGCGGUCUUAAUAUCACUCCUCUGCGUAUUAAGAAUCAGUUUCUUCUCCUCAAAUGGCUUUGGAAGCUAUUGAAUUCGGACAGAAACUCAUUAUGGCUUAAUAUUGUUUCUUGUAGCUCGGAGAUUUCUUAUUGUUCUGAUAUGGAUUUGGUUAACACCAAUAAAAUGUCUCACUUGUGGAAAGGCAUUGUGUCUUCCUGUGUUAAGAAUAAGCAAAUUUGGAAUUGCUUCCAGAAUUCGAUCUCAAUUGAGAUUGGGGAUGGAAAUAUAGCUCGGUUCUGGACUGAUAAGUGGCUCCCCUCCUCUCGGCAGACUUCACCUCUCUACAUCCAAUUUCCCGCUCUUUUCAAACUGUCCAGAAAUAAAACAGGUUCAGUUUCUUCUUUUUUCGUUCAUCACCAGCUGCAGUCUUCUCAAUUUCCCUGGAGCAGACGGCUUCGUAUCGGUGAACAGGAGCAGUUUUCUGAAUUACAGCAGCUUCUUCCUUCGGCUCUGCAUAAUGUUGAAGACAGGUUUUUUUGGCGGGAUAAAAGGGCUUACACUGCUAUGUCUAUGAAGCAAAUCUGGUUCGAAAUUUUUCAACCAAACCGCUGUGUUUCUAGCUUCUUAACAGCUCGGAUUUGGAAAGAAAAAAUUCCUCCACGCAUCCAGUUUUUCAUAUGGCUUCUUUCUCGUGAUAGGAUUUCAUCAAAGGAAGCUCUAGCUAGAAGGGGUGUGAUUGACUAUAAUCUAAGCUCUUGCUCUUAUUGUUCCUUGUUGGAAACAAGCACUCAUAUUAUCCUGCAUUGCAACAUAGCUUGGCGUUUCUGGUCCCGAAUCCUUAACAAUUGUAAUGUCAGAUGGGUGCCGCCAAUGUCAGCAGAAGAUUUUUUUAUUCAGUGGGCUUCUUUUUCUUCAGGAAAGUAUGUUGAUCUAUGGAAGCUAAUUUGGUAUUUUGGAACCUGGAAUUUAUGGAAAGCAAGGAACAAGAAGGUCUUUCAGGAUGAAGAUGUGGAUAUCCAUUCUUUGGUUUUUUUGAGCAUUUGUCAGUCUGUUGAAUUUUAUAAAUUUCAGCAUCAUGAUUUCCCAUAUUCAGGGAAUGACGUUUUUAGAUGCUUUGAUUUCUUUUGUAAGAACUUUUAG